UUUGGCUCGGCUUUAGCCGUUUUUGAACGCAGCCCUUGACAGAAAGUUUGUUUCCACUGAAAUCACAAACCAGUCGGAGCGUUUUUGAUUGGUCCAAAUCGGCAACAACCAGUUUCAUGACUAUUUUCAACCAAUGAAAUUCGCUCUGACUGGUACCUAUGUGAUUUCUGUGAAAACUGAAAAUAGACACAAAAUGGCCGUUUAGCCAAAGUAGAGAACGUAGAGCAUGUUCGGGUUUGUCCUCCUGCACUAUUGUACACUCGGAACGCAUUGUGCUUGCGUUUGGUAUUUUGCUCAGAGAAUAGAGCAUGAUGAAGCAGAGCUGUAAUCACACGGCCAGCGAGCGCGCAGAGUAGUUAAACGCCAGAGCCAUUGAGGUAGAAUAUCAGCUCUCGAAAUUUUAAUAGAAAAACGCUAAUGAGCCUGCACCGAACACACUUUUUAAAUGAACGAACGGUAAAUUCAAGCUCGAAAUACUCGAAUCAAAAUACCGAACGCACGGCCAGUAUCAACUAUCGAGUAUCGACAACUAUCCGUGACAGUAUCCAAUAAAAGUGUGUAUUUUGAAGGUCACCUUGCCGUCAUGAAACGUAAUGUUGCCAUUACGUGAGCUAUCAUGUAUCCUUGUCUGUCUUACUAAAAUUUCGAUUUCCAUCUUUGUUGAAUUGAAAUUUAUUUUCAACUUUUUCCCAUUCAUAAGAAAGUCGGCGUAUUGGUUACUCAGUGGUAGUACUCGUUUUUUGGAAAUUCGUGACUGAAAAAUAGUUGUGAAUAUUUCUAUUCGCAAUCAUGUCUCGAGACCGAUCCAGACGGUUCUACAGGGGUGAAUCCUGUUCGAAUCUUUUAGCUUGUAUGGAUAGAGGACUAACCGCUGAAGAGCAAAACAGGUGGACUUUUGAAGUAGCAUGGGAGGCAGCCAACAAAGUGGGUGGUAUUUACACUGUGAUCAGGUCAAAAGCGUAUGUCUCGACUGAAGAAAUGGGCGAUCAGUAUUGUCUUAUUGGGCCCUAUAAGGAACAAUGUGCAAGAACUGAAGUUGAGGAAGGGCCACUUUCUUCAAAUACUCUGAAUAGGGCGAUUGAGACUUGUAGAAAUAAAGGGUAUAAGAUUGUAACAGGAAGAUGGUUAGUUGAUGGAAACCCCCAAAUCAUCCUUUUUGAUAUCGGAAGCGCAGCAUGGAAGUUAGACGAGUUUAAGCAAGAGCUAUGGGACAAAACCAACAUUGGAGUGCCGCAUUUGGACGUCGAAGCUAACGAUGCUAUUAUUUUGGGUUAUAUGGUUGCUGAUUUUAUUUCUGAAUUUAGACAAACGGCUGAACAAGAUGGGGAUGGAAGCCCACCGAAAAUAGUGGUGCAUUUCCACGAAUGGCAAGCCGGAGUAGGUCUGAUAGCUGUGCGAACCAAACAUAUACACGUUGCCACAGUUUUUACAACCCAUGCCACUUUAUUGGGAAGAUAUUUGUGUGCUGGAAACACGGAUUUUUAUAAUAACUUGGAUAAGUUCGCAGUAGAUGAAGAAGCAGGAAAAAGACAAAUUUACCAUCGAUACUGUAUGGAAAGAGCAGCAACACAUUUAUCUCAUACUUUCACCACUGUUUCUGACAUUACAGGCUACGAAGCAGAACAUUUACUAAAACGCAAAGCUGACGUCAUAACCCCAAACGGUUUAAACGUGAAAAAGUUUUCAGCCUUGCACGAAUUCCAAAACUUACACGCCUUGUCUAAAGAAAAAAUCCACGAGUUUGUCCGAGGACAUUUUUACGGACAUUACGAUUUUGACUUGGAUAAAACCUUGUACUUUUUCAUCGCUGGUAGAUACGAAUUUGGUAAUAAGGGAGCUGAUAUUUUCAUUGAAGCCCUAGCCCGAUUGAAUCAUUACCUAAAAUCCUCACACCCUGACGUUACAGUGGUGGCUUUUAUGAUUUUUCCUACAAAAACAAACAAUUUUAAUGUUGAAUCUCUCAGAGGACACGCUGUAACUAAAAGUUUGAGAGAUUCGAUAUCAGACAUUCAAAAUAAAAUUGGCAAACGAAUGUACGAAACAUGUUUAAGUGGUAGAUUACCUUCUGGUAAUGAGUUAUUAACCAAAGAAGAAAUGGUUAGAUUGAAACGUUGUAUAUUUUCCUUACAAAGAGAUGGUUUACCACCAGUUACAACCCAUAAUAUAGUUGAUGAUUGGAAUGAUCCUGUUUUGAGUCAUGUAAGGAGAUGCAAUUUGUUUAACACAACACAUGACAGAGUUAAAAUGGUAUUCCAUCCAGAAUUUUUGAGCACUACAAAUCCACUUUUUGGCUUGGAUUAUGAAGAAUUUGUGCGAGGUUGCCACUUAGGAGUCUUCCCUAGUUACUAUGAACCUUGGGGUUAUACUCCUGCCGAAUGCACUGUAAUGGGUAUACCAAGCAUCACAACAAAUUUAAGUGGUUUCGGUUGUUUUAUGCAAGAACACAUUGCCGAUCCUGAAAGUUACGGUAUUUACAUUGUGGAUAGACGUUAUAUAGGUCUAGAAGACACUAUAAGGCAAUUGGCUCACUUUAUGUACGAUUUUGCUCGAUUGAGCCGAAGGCAAAGAAUCAUUCAACGAAACAGAACAGAACGGUUGAGUGACAUGUUGGAUUGGAGAAAUUUAGGGGUUUACUAUCGGGAAGCUAGGAUGCAAGCUUUGCGUAAGCUGUUUCCUGAUUAUGUGGAAGAAAUUGAAAAUUCUAUUAACAAUAUGAAGUAUCCGAGACCAAUUUCUGAACCACCUAGCCCAAGUUCUAGUAGGGUUACUACACCAGCUGCUUCAGUACAUGGUAGUGAUGAUGAAGGAGAUUCUGUGGAUAGUGAAGCUGAGCUUGAAGAACUUCGUAAUCAUCAUAAAUGAACUGUAAGCAUUUUUAUUACAGGACUGUAAAGCAAUACUUACAUACAUUUAAGUUUAAUAAGUAGAAUUAUUUAGUUCUGUAAAAGAUAUUUACUUUCUUCUUUAUUUAAUAUGGAUUUUGCUUGUCUCUCUUUAAUAUCAUUGAAAUUUGUUAAAAAUAUUGUUAUUUGUUGUUAAAAAUUUAUAUUAUUGAAAUUUUAUUAGAGUUUUUAUGCAAAAAAUAGUAAUUUAAAGUACAAAAUUCUAAACUACUUGGUGCAAAUCAAAUUGUGUGCCAAUUAUCAUUAGUUCCUGAGCUUAAUAUAAUAUAUGCUCUCAAAUGCCUUGAGUCUCUGUGCCAUAAUUGAAGACUUUUUUGUUUAUUUAGUGGGACGUUAAGAUAUAUAUUUAAUUGAAUACUAUAAGUUUCUUUGUUGUAUUGAGUGCUAUGCCUCACUGAUUAUUUAAAAUUUACAAUUUUUCGGUAGCUAUAUGUUUUCUAUACAUGCAUAUCUUAUAGAUCUUACAAUUUUUUCUCUAUAGGUAUAAUUUUCUUAAUAAGAAUAUUUGAAAAAUAUUUUAUAAUAAGUAGGUAUAAAUAAUUGCAAUAAACUUUAUAUUUUAAGGACAA